AUGUUCCGCCACGUGGCUCAAAACUUGGGCUCGAGAAGCACCUCCAUUCAGUCAUGUCGGCUGCUGAGAACUCGUUGGGAACGUGGAUACCUCAAGGACCUCUAUCAUCGUCGUCAGAUUCUCGGAGCUGAUCCAGCAAUCUCCAGAUCUUCCUAUCCAAACUGCUCGGUGCAAGUGCGAAAUCAUCACUGCUCCGCUGACAAAUCAACUCAUCAAUGGGCUCCAAUUAAAACUGGAAUCGAUAACUCAUCAGAGGACUUUGCCGCGAAUGAUGCCGAGAUGAAAGUUCUUGUCGAGGAUCUGAAAGCCAAAAUUGCCAAAAUUGAACAGGCUGGAGGAGAAAAAGCUGUCAAACUUCAUCGCAGUCGUGGAAAAAUGCUCGCCAGAGAAAGAAUCGACGGUCUUGUUGAUGCCGGAUCUCCAUUCCUCGAGUUUAGCCAGCUGGCUGGUUAUGAGAUGUACGGCAAAGAAGAAGUUCCAUCAGGUGGAAUUCUCACUGGAAUCGGAAUAGUAUCUGGUCGCGUCUGUGUUAUUGUUGCCAAUGAUGCCACCGUGAAAGGAGGAACCUAUUAUCCAAUCACUGUCAAAAAACAUCUUCGUGCUCAGGAGAUUGCUCGUGAGAACAAUCUUCCAUGCAUAUAUCUCGUCGAUUCCGGAGGUGCCAACCUUCCACGUCAAGCCGAUAUCUUCGCUGACACCCAACAUUUCGGAAGAAUCUUCUACAAUCAAGCAACAAUGAGUAGCCAGGGAAUUCCACAAUUAGCUGUUGUGAUGGGAAGUUGUACUGCUGGAGGAGCAUACGUUCCAGCUAUGUCCGAUCAGGCUAUUAUUGUCAAAGGAACUGGAACUGUGUUCCUUGGAGGACCACCACUUGUGAAAGCAGCAACAGGAGAAGAGAUUUCGGCUGAAGAACUCGGGGGAGCUGAUUUGCAUUGUGGAGAGUCAGGUGUCACUGAUUACUAUGCUCAUAGUGAUCAACAUGCAUUGUAUUUGGCAAGAAGUUGUAUUGCUGGACUUCCACCAGUCGAAGAGCAGAUGACAUUCAACCCAAAUGCUGACGAGCCCCUCUAUCCAGCUGAGGAGAUUUACGGAAUCGUCGGAUCAAACCUCAAGAAGACCUACGACGUCCGUGAAGUCAUCGCUCGUAUUGUCGAUGGCUCAAGAUUCCACGAAUUCAAGGAGCGAUACGGAGAGACUCUUGUCACCGGAUUCGCAACGAUUUACGGUCAGCGUGUCGGAAUCCUUGCCAAUAACGGAGUACUGUUCGCUGAGAGUGCAAUGAAGGGAGCUCAUUUCAUUGAGUUGUGUUGUCAACGAAAGAUUCCACUUCUAUUCCUUCAAAAUAUCACUGGAUUCAUGGUCGGAAGAGACGCGGAGGCAGGUGGUAUCGCUAAACACGGAGCCAAGUUGGUCACCGCUGUCGCUUGUGCCAAUGUUCCAAAGAUCACCGUUCUUGUCGGAGGAUCUUAUGGAGCCGGAAACUACGGAAUGUGUGGAAGAGGAUAUAGUCCAAGAUACGUAUUCAUGUGGCCAAACUCUCGAAUUUCUGUGAUGGGCGGAGAGCAAGCAGCUAAUGUGCUCUCAACUGUACAAAAAGAGAAAAAGAAGCGCGAAGGGGCCGAAUGGACAGAUCAGCAAGAUCUUGAGCUUCGUAAACCAGUUGAGGAGAAAUUUGAGAAAGAAGGACAUCCAUAUUUUGCUUCCGCUCGGCUGUGGGAUGAUGGAGUUAUUGAUCCUAAAGAUACGAGAAAGGUUCUCGGACUGGCAUUCCAAUCCACCCUCCAAAAACCGAUUCCUGAAACGAAAUUCGGUGUAUUCCGCAUGGAUUACAACAGCGAACUAUACGCAUUCGGACACAGAAUUGGAGCACCGGAAAUAUCUGAAAAUGAAUAUGUGAAAGCAUUAACAAACGAGUCAUUCUUCGAGCGAGCCGACGUAGAAGAACAAGUGGAAAGAGCUCAACCUGGAGCAGAAAUCGGAACAGAACAUAACGGAGAGCUCGUGCGGAAAGGAGAAGAGAGAUUAUCGAUUUGGUUGAAGAGAUAUUUGAGAUUUCAUUUGGCAAAAGCACCAGAGGAAUUGAUUGAUUCAAUUGAUUCACAUCUCUUGAAUGAUGAAUGCUUGGCUGGAAUCGCUGGACAUCUUGGAAUCGAUCAUCUCGUCCGAACCAAAGAAUUCCCAAUCAGCCAACAAUCAUCCGCCGAUGCGUUCCGUGCUCUUGCUGGAGUCUUUUCUGAUGAAAAAGUCAAGAAUCUCGUCAUCGAUUUCAUAGUUCCACAACUUGUUGAUAUUGAUUUCGCUGAUAUAUACCCGCUUGCUGAUCCUCUCGCCGUACUUACCGAUUUACUGAAAGCAGAAGGUGUCACUGAAAUCGAGCCACGUCUUCUGAGAUCUGCUGGAGAGAAUAGUGCUGAACCGAUUUUCGUCGUGGCAAUUUAUGCGGAUAAACAGAGAAAUGUUGGACAAAGUGCUGGCGAAUCGGUGACAAUUGCUAUCGAUAUGGCGGCAAGAGAGGCAUUGUUGAGACUGUGGAAUAUUACUUCUGAUAGAGUUCUCUUCUUCGGAGAUCGUGCUGCAAGUGUACCACUGGAGAAAUACUCGGAACCAAACUACUCACUGACCAAGAAAUGUGCACCAGGAACAAACACCUCACUGCUCGACGAGAGUCAACCAACAGAAUCACCGGACAACUUGAUUGAAGCCGUCCUUCGAUACAGAAAUAUCGUUGAUGCCGAAGUCGGAAAGAGCUACACAAAACGAUUGCGACACAAAUUCUCACGUGGUUCACUGGCGAAACGAUCAUUCAGAUAUCUUGUGAAACCAAAACCUUAUACUGUCGCCUAA